AUGUCCCACGCCGCGCGAGCGCAGGCGUUUUAUGCCUCGUUCCCUCAGCAGCUGGAGCGCGUGCGCCAACUUUACCAGGAGCAUGCGUCGGAACGCGCUCUGGAGGCCUUGCUAGAUGCACGGCACACCCUGCAACGCGCAGCAGCGUACCUUCCUGCCCACGAUAUCCAGUCGUACGAGGCAGCAUGGAGCGACGUGCAUCGCGAGCUCUCACAGCCUACGCGGACAUUCCGAUUCGCCGCGCCCCACGAGCAAGUGGCGUCACUCCCGCGUGAGGCGCCCACCACGGCGCCGGCACCGACGUACCGCACGCACGAUAUCAUCCACGUGUCUGACAAUGCGGUCCUAGCCCAUCUCGACGCCUGCAUCAUUCAUACGAACCUCGCCGGAAGCGUUCUGCUCGAAGCGUGCACGCGAUGCGCCGUCAUUGGCACUGUCGGCCAGUGCCGCCUAACGCGCUCGUCUCACAUGCUCGUGUGCGUCGAUACCCCCACGCCAGUGACCCUCGAGGAGUGCGAUGCUAUCCUGAUGGGACGUCGAUCGGACAUGGAGCCUGCCGAGACGUGCGCCGCGCCUGCCGUCCAGGACUUUGACGACGUGUUCGACGAGCAGCGUCACUACACGCCUCUCGACCCCGAAUACGCCGCACGCCUCCGCCCCCAUCUACAAAAUCCAUCGGCGCUCGCUUCCAUGCUACGUUAA